UCUGCGGAAAACAGUCUCAGUCGCUUUUCAGCCUUUGUCGAUACUUUAUGGUUGCCUCUUCUUAAAGCAGUAGCCUUUGACGAUGAUAAAGAGAUGAAAAGGAAAGAACGCUGAAGAUUAUGGGUGCAUGAAAUCAACAUGUCCAGAGAGUGUAAAGAUAAGUUUAAUAAUUUGUAUCAUCUGUUGAGGGAAGAUGAAGAAAGAUUCUACAGGGCAUUUAGGAUGAAUUCUGAGUUUUUUGACAAGCUGCUAGAGAAGAUAAAAAACGACAUUACAAAACUGAACACAAACUUCAGAAGUAGCAUUGAUCCAAUUCGGCGUCUUGCAGUAGCUUUGACGUACAUCUUCUGUUAAUCAGUACAGUACAGUACGUUGUCGAGAGCGGUCGUGUUUCCGGAGAGUUAAUAGAAAUGGGUUGCUACCUGGAGGACUAUCUAGCUCGUGUGGGCAACUGGGCUGCAAGGACUCCCUGGCGCCAUGCCCAAGGCCGGGAGGUGAACGGACAAGCAAGAAGCUACAUAGGCAACAUGCUUCUAUGCGCAGCGGCUCUAGCCAUAGUAUUAGUAAUCGGCGGUGUGGAGCAAAACCCUGGUCCUGUUGUGGAUGCUGAGAACAUUCUACAAGCAUUGUGUAGCGGGUGUGAGAGGAACCUGAAAUCGGGAACACAGUGCGACACAUGUGGACGCUGGUUUCACAACAGCUGUGGCAAUGUAAAGGCCCAAAUGGCAGAGAGCGGGAAGUGGAGAUGUGAGAGGUGCAGGUGGGGCAGGCUUCGACAACUGGAGGAGAAACUGGAGAAUGCAAUGAAGCAGAUUGAAGAACUUAAACGGAAGAACAGUGCGCUGGAAAAUCAGUUACGAGGAGCGGUUGCCAGGGGUGAUACGGUGCAGAGACAACAAGAUGCUGAGUGCUUAGUGUUGGGUGACUCCAUUAUACGCAAUGUGGAAGCUGAACAUAUGAGGGUACAGUGUUUUCCGGGAAUUAGAACUGAGCAACUGCAGCGAGUCAUAGACAACAGAGAUCUAGGGGCCCCUGAUACUGUCGUAAUUCAUGUAGGCACUAACGAUCUAAGACGAACUGGAAAUCUGGAUUAUGUGAUGGGUGAUGUAUAUGCUCUGGUGAAGAAGGCUAAGACUAAGUUUCCUCAAGCCACUUUAGUUCUGAGUGGCGUACUUAGGCGCAGAGACGUGUCGUGGUGGCGUAUUGGAGCACUAAACGAGAGAUAUGACUGGGUAGCGAGGUCACUAGGAGUUACAUUUGUGGACCCAAACAGUUGGAUUGAGGACUGGGACUUCGGCAGGGAUGGACUACACAUAAACAGUAGCGGAGCGAGGAAACUAGGCCAGCUGUAUUCCAGAGUGUGUGAUUUCGGUGGCCGAGUGCAAAAUCGGAACAAGUGACUGCUGCUGAGGGUUAACAAUGAGGGAACGCCUGGAGGGAUGACGAACACGAUUACCGAGGAUCCGACGCUAACCGGGGCGGCGACAAGGAGACAGGAAAACACAAAUGAUGGAUGUGUAGCUACGGGAGGGGCAUAGAAGAUAGAGGGCAAUUCUUUGGUUUUGCUUCAUGUAAAUUGCAGGAGUAUUCAUAAUAAAUCUUUAGAAUGUUGGAAUUUAAUUGAUACGUAUAAUCCCGAUUUUAUAAUAGGUACGGAGUCAUGGCUCAGACAGGAAAUUAGCAAUGCCGAAGUUUUUAGGGACGAGUACACAACUUUCAGGAGAGAUAGGAAUACUCGAGGUGGUGGAGUGUUUAUUUGUGUAAAGAAUUACAUUGCUUGCGUGGAACUAUGGGUGGACGAGGAUUUCAAAAUGAUUACAGUUGAAGUGAAUGGCAGAGACCCUAAAUAUACAUGGGAAAUUGUAGACAUCUACAGAGCUCCGAAUGAGGAUAUGCGGGUUAUAGAAAGACUGGCAGCCCGAGCCGAUUCUUUAGGAAAUUUUACAAAGCGUAGCAUUAUUGCAGGAGACUUAAACUUGCCCUACGCCGAUUGGAAUGGAAACGUGCAAUGCAUUAGUGGAGGUCAGGAAUCUGUAAAAAGAUUGGGGUGGAAAAGUGGGUACACGCAGGUAGUAAACAACUCGACACGAGGGGAUGCAUUGCUGGAUGUAUACUUAGUCCGCCCGGAAAACCUGUUUACCUCUUGCAGCGUUAUACAAGGGAUCAGUGACCAUUGUGGGGUGUUAUUAGAAGUAGAAUGGAAAGAAAUAUACUGUCGACCAGAAGUAGAAAGACUGGUACCGGUGUACCACAAAGCAGAUACCAUAGGUCUACAAACUUUUCUCCGGGAUAAAUUUUCAAUAUGGGUAAGCAAUGGUGGAUGCGUUGAGGAAGUAUGGAAUAAUUUCAAGAGCAUAAUACUUCAGUGUAUCGAAAGAUUUAUUCCACAUAGAAUACUCAGAAAAAAUUCAGACCCUGACUACUAAAAUAAGGAAAUGAAAAAAUUAAAAUUAAAGUUCAGAAAAGCAUAUAAUAGAAGAAAAUUAGGGCAGCAGUAUCGAGAGGAACUGAAGCGAUCAUCCAAGCAGUUGUUAUUAGCGAAGCAAAAUGCGCAGGAAUUUUUUUAAGGACUGUAUUAAAAAAAGAAGGUAACUGCUAGACUGAGUUCUAUAAGUAUGUAAAAGGACGCAAAGGAAAUAGGGAAAAUAUUCCUGCAAUCAAAGAUGUUAAUGGACGACUCGUUACUGAUUCGAUAGAAAAGGCUAACUUCCUCAACUUAUAUUAUUCUUCCAUAUUCAGCAGUGAGCGUAGCAUCCCGCAAAUACAGC